UUACAUGCAGGCAGGAGUUCAGUCAUGGCCGUUUCUUGACAUUUAACGCUUUCGACUCUGUCCUCGAGCAUGAAGUCAAAAUAGAUUAGCGAGGAGAAUGGAGGUAUUUCCACAGUUAAACUGGAUGGUGUCAUAAUAAUCUGACAUGUCGUAUUUUUGUGUAAGGCUGCACUAGCCAAGCUAACUUAGCCAACUGCUAAGCGGUGGUGGGUGUUUAAUCGGGAGCUUGAUAACAACAAUAACACUCACAUCGCCUUGUACAAUGGUGGUGGAGGUGGAAAGCUUUUUCGGUGUCUACAUGCUUUACUGCACAAAUCCCAAAUUCAAAGGUCGCAUCUACAUCGGCUUCACUGUGAACCCCGAGCGGAGGAUCGGGCAGCACAACGCCGGGAGGCACAAAGGCGGAGCGAAGAGGACCAGCGGCAGGGGACCAUGGGAGAUGGUCCUGAUCAUCCACGGCUUCCCCUCGGACAUCGCUGCCCUCAGGUUUGAGUGGGCUUGGCAACACCCCCACUCCUCCAGGCGACUCUCCCAUGUCUCCCGGCGCUCCAAAAAAGAGUCGAGUCUGCAGUUCCACUGGCGCGUCCUCUCCAACAUGCUGCAGGUGGCGCCGUGGAACCGGCUUCCGCUGACGGCCCGCUGGCUCAAGCAGGAGUACAGGAUGGACUUUGAGCCCAGCCUGCAGCCCCCCCUGCACAUCCCCAUCGCUUUUGGCAGCGUGAGAGCCAAGAAGACUCAGCAACAGCAGCCUGUGGGGGAGGAGGUGGAAGACGUGUCCAGAUGUUUUCUCUGCAAAGGCUUAGUCAAGGUAUCAGAAAAGCUCAGCUGUUUCCGCCCGUCCUGUGGAAUGAGCAGUCAUGAGAUCUGCCUCGCCAAACAUUUCCUGAAGCGUGAACCGUCGCACCUCCUGCCUGUGGAGGGAGACUGUCCAGCGUGUCGCCACUCGGUGCUGUGGGGGAGCCUCAUUCGUCAUAAACGCGGCUGCUUCGGAGACCUGGAGGAGAUCACGGCAUCUGCAUCCCAAUCCUUGGACUUUCCACAGAGUCACUGGGCAGAUGAACUGCAGCUAUGAGAGAGCGGAGUCUGCGAAACUGAGCCCUGGUGAAGUGCGGUGUCAGAUAAUGAUGUGGAUUAUUUUAAAUGGGAUUUAAUGAAUAAUAAUGAAGACAGACUGGAUGCUUUUUUUACGUCAAUCAAUCUGAUCAUGUGUUUUAACUAUGAGUUUAAUGUAUUAAAUAUUUGUGGUGGUAAAAAACGUAUGUGACAAAUAAAAUAAAAAGUUGUAUAUAUGUA